GGCGAAGCCUUUCCCCGCGCUCGGUCCGGCCGAGGAUGCUGGUGGUCGGUGGGAGAUUUUCCUGCGCGUCCGGCUGAGCGCGGUUCCCGCGCCGUUUGCGCAGGAUGCCAGUGGCUCCCGGCGAUAUUUCAGAGGAGCAUUGCCUAGUGCGCUUGAUGCAAGCGUGAACUGUAAAACUGGCUGCCACCCAGAGAAUGGAUUUUGUGAAUUUCCCAAUGAAUGCAGGUGUCAACCUGGUUGGCAGGGUGCUCUUUGUAAUCAGUGUGUUCCUUUCCCUGGGUGUUUGCACGGCAGCUGUGCCAAGCCCUGGCAGUGCAUCUGUGAGGAGGGCUGGGUUGGCAGCCUCUGUGACAUAGAUAUUCACCCAUGUUCUACAAAGCCCUGCACCAAUAACUCAACAUGCAUAGAGACUGGUGAUGGAGGAUAUAUUUGUCUGUGUGCCCAGGGAUUUACAGGAAAAAACUGCCAUCUCAAAAAAGGACCCUGCAUUAUUAAUGGCUCUCCCUGCCAGAAUGGAGGAACAUGCAUUGAUGACAAUGGAUUUGCAGCACAUGCUUCCUGUCUGUGCCCUUCUGGUUUUGCUGGCAACUUCUGUGAGAUAGACAGAGAUGACUGUGAAUCCAACCCGUGUGAAAAUGGAGGAACAUGUACAGAUAUUGGUGUGGGUUUCAGCUGUUUUUGUCCUCAUGGCUACACGGGAAAACUCUGCAGCAGCCGUGUCAUAUUCUGUGCAAGUGGCCCGUGUGAGAAUGGAGGAACAUGCAGUGAACGUCCCCAAGGAGGAUUUGAAUGCACCUGUAAACCAGAAUUUGUUGGUGUGACCUGCAAACAUCCCAGCAAAAACACAAGCCUCCCUGGAGUGAAUAUGGAGACAGAGCAUAUGCAGAAUUACAAGCCAUCCCCAAAAGCUCAUCACAGAUCCGUGCAUCAUCAACAAGAAAUCUUGAAAAUAACAAUGAAAGAAACAAUCCAAAAUGCAGAUCCAUUGCUCAGUAGAAGCCAGGUGAUAUGUUUUGUUGUACUGGGCUUGCUUACGUGUUUGGUUGUCUUGGGUACAACUGGGAUUGUGUUUUUUUCAAAAUGUGAAAUGUGGCUUGCUAAUGCCAAAUAUAGUCAUCUCCUACGCAAGAAAAAGAACUUUUUUCUGAAAUCUAACAAUGGGGAAAACCUUUCAGUUAAUAUUAUCUUCCCAGAGAAGAUCAAAUUGACUAAUUACACUAAGAACUACACUGCCAUCUAGGCCUUUGAAAGCCGAGCAGCAACUUGCAACUUUCCAUAGCAAUAUGUAAAAUAGAUUGAACUUAUUUCCUGUGAUUGGCCUCAGUGUUUGUGGGUACAGUUGCUGUAGCUUGUGCUGAGUGAUAAUGAAGAAAUAUAAUGUAUCUGUAUUGCUAAGGAUUUUUUCAUUCCCCAAAAUGAAAGUUAAAAAAAAAAAAGGUUAAAGAGCAGGGAAUGUUAAUUUGGUUUCUUUUCAAGGCAGCUAUUUUUUGUAAAAUGAAAGGUAAUUUACCACUGGAACUGUAUUGCAGCUUUCUUGUCCUGUGUGUAGUUUAUUUGGCAAGUACGGUACCUGUAAAUUACUCAGUAAUGCUUUUUUUUUUAAUAAACAGCAAUUAAGG